AUGCCCAGUCACAAAUUGCAAAAGAAACAAGUUCAACAACAGAGAGUUUUGAGAAAGAAUUUCAAGGAUGAUCUUCUUAAAUGGAUUUGCGAGAAACAUGCCACCAACAGUCCAUUGGACAGGAAACUUUUGCGACAGAAAGCCCUUCAACUUUCUCAAACACUCGAACUAAUCAAUUUCAAAUGUUCAGAGCAAUGGAUAACAGUUUUCCUGAAGCGCUACGGUUUCUCAACAUCGCUGACAACGUGCGCCGGUCCCUAUUUCAAAGACUAUCGAAUUUGGAUCGAUUUAAUGCGACCAAUCCUCACACAAUACAAAUACAAAGAUAUAUUCAAUGUCGACGAAUUGACAAUGUACUCGAACGUGUGUCCACUGAAAAUUCCCAAAAAUGCAAAAGCCUCAAAUCAAGAUUUAAUAAACGCCACAAAUCUCAUUUCAAUUCUUCUCUGUUGCAAUUCAUCUGGAACCGAUAAACUCCCCCUACUAAUAACUGGACCCUACAAAUGUAAUCUCACACGUGACGACUGUAUUUAUCACUACAAUGAAAAUUCCACAAUAAACGAUCAACUAUUCAUCGAGUGGAUUAUGAAUUUAAAUGAAAUAAUGUCACAGAAACAACGACAAAUUCUCCUUCUUCUUCAUCGUCAUAAAAUUUGUGCCCUCGGCAAUAAUCGUCAAUUAAGUAAUGUGAAAUUAAUAUUUUUCCCAACAAAUUUCCCCCCACAUUUAAGACCACUAAGACGCGAUGUUUUUCACUCGACAAAAAUGAAUUAUCGAUUAAAUUAUGCGGAGAAAAUUCAUCGAGGCAAUUGCAAAUGGGAAUUUAAUGAAAUGAUAAUGGCAAUUUUACAAUCUUGGUCACAAGUGCCAAGGGAAUUGAUUGUCUCAAGUUUUCAACGAACAAAAUUUCGAUCUGACGAUAAAUUAAUUGACAUAAAUAACGAUGAAUGGGAGAAAUUAAAUACGGGUGUGAGUUUCAAAAAAUUAAUUACAUUCGACGAUCAUUUAUCCGACACGAUUAUCAACAAUUAUUGUUACGAUCAAAAUAAUACAAAUGAUCAAAAAGUCAUUAAUCGCGAGAAACAUAAAUAUAAUCUAAGAACGACUAAUCAGAUAUUUCAAAUUGAUGAGUGUGACGAAUUUCAUGAAAUGAAGAAUGAAAUUUUCAAAAGUGAAAAAAAAAUACAAAACACUAUUGAUAAAAAUACCAAAACAAAAAUAAAUCCUAUCGACGAAAUUGAAAACAUUUCCCAAAAACCAAUUAAUUUGGAAAAUAAUGGCAAAAAUGAGGAAAAUAUUUUAAAUUUUGGUGAAAGUUCGAAGAAGAAAACAUUGAAAACAGAUUUUAGUGAAGAUAUUGAAAUGAAUGUAUCGAAAGAUUCGAUGAUUGAUGAGGUGACGAUGAAUUUGGAGGAAAAAAAAUCGACGACAAAUUUUUCAAAUGAGGGACAAGAGAAAAAUAGGGAGAAUUUUUCGAAUGAUGGGAAAAAUGAGAAGAAAGGGGAAAAUAUUCACGAGGAUAGAGUGGAGGAAUUAAAAUCUAAAAUACCGGAGAAUUUGAAUGAAAAUCAUUUCAAUACAAUGGAGAGUAAUUCGAGAAAAAAUAUGAUGGAGGAUAAUUUUCAAGAUUUGGGAAAAAACACUGAAAUGAAAAAUAAAGAUGAAAUAAUUGAAUUUUGUGAAUUUUUGGGAAUGGAAAAAAAAUUGAAAUUUGAAUUAGAAAAGGGAAAUGUAAUUAGUAAAACUAAUGUUGAUAUUAUUGAAGAAAUUAAUUCGUUGGAGGUAAUAACGAUAGAAACAAAAACUACUGUUGAAAAUUCAGAAGAAAAGAAUGAUUGUCAUCAAACAGAGGAGAAUUCAAUAAUAAUUGAUAAUAAUGAAGAUCACAAUAUGCCCUCGACAUCAGGAAAAAGAAAUCAUUCUCCCUUGCAUGUUGAGGAGAAUAAUGACGACGAUGAUGACGAUGUUGAACCGUUGAAAAAAAUCCAAAAGACUUUAAUUCAUCAUCAUCGGUGUAAUAAGCACGAAGCACGUUGCGACAUUGGUUGUAAUACUAUUUCUGCCGUAACAGUUCUGGAUAAAAAUACACAAACCUCACAAGAUUCUCAAAAUUCAGAACUCGAUUGUUCAUCAAAUUUGGAAACAAAUGAGGUCAAGGAAAAAAAUUCCGGUUCAAGUUUUAUUUUCACCAAAAGUGGAACAUUAAAUUCUCGCCCAUCUAAGGAUUAAAUUUAGUAUUUUUUUUUGGUUCUUUCACUUUUUGCAAUAAUCGAAAGUUUUCUUAAUUCUCCUCCAACUUUUUCGUGUGAGUUUUCACUUCGUCGAAUUUGUUAAAAUGAUGAGCGAAAAAAAGAGAAUUUUCGUAAAAAGAAUUUAUUUAUUUAAAGUCCGAAAAAAAAGUUCCUCUAAAUAAAAUAUUGCAAA